CAUGGUGUGCACUGUACUGUAUUAUCUCACUGUAAAAAACCCACUUCGGUGACACACACAAACAGGCAGUGUUUAUGGGCGGUGCUUGGAGCCGCUAUUCAACUCCACAGUGGACCCGAAUCUGUGUUCCGUGAGGCACCAAGGCGUGAAACAACCGUAGGCGUAACACCUGAUGGUUAAAAACAAAGAUAGACUAUUUCAAGGGCGAUACGUUAUGUAUGUAAAUAUUGGCGAUUCAAAGUAAAACUUUGUCAUUAUUAUAAGCGGAAAAAAGUAGUUUAUUAGUUUUUUAACCGGGACUGUUUGGAGUUGACAGUCUAUGUAUGACGAGACGUUUAUAGAUUACUUGUUUCCUCGUUCGAAAAACGUUUUAGUUUUUUGGGGAAUAUAUUACAGUGGAAGAACUCAAAUCACAUGCAAACAAGCGAUGGAAACAAAGACGUUUCAGGGCCGACGCUGCAAAAAAAGAGCUGCUUCUCUCUGCUUCCCUCACCUGACAGCUGGAUGUUCAGAGGGAAAAAGAGGAAACAGAUGAGGGAUGUGGACUCUCUCAGCCUGUGCAGUCUGGACAUCAACGAGCCCAGUAACAAGCGGGUGAAGCCCCUGUCCCGCGUCACCUCGUUGGCCAACCUCAUACCUCCAGUCAAGACUGCUCCUCUGAAGCGCAUAGGACAAACACUGCAGCGUUCCAUCAGCUUCCGCAGUGAGAGUCGGACGGAGACGCUCAUGCCUCCUCGACCAUGGACGCGGCCGGCCCCGCCUGCCAACACCAAGCGGCGAGACAGCAAGCUGUGGAGCGAGACAUUUGACGUGCGGCUCGGACACCAGAUGCUGUCCUCUAAGGAAAUCAAACGCCAGGAGGCCAUCUUUGAGCUUUCUCAGGGCGAGCGGGAUCUCAUUGAGGAUCUGAAGCUGGCCAAGAAGGCGUACCAUGACCCCAUGCUGAAGCUGUCCAUUAUGACAGAGCAUGAACUCACCCAGAUCUUCGGAACCCUGGACUCCCUCAUUCCGUUGCAUGAAGAUCUGCUGAGUCGAUUGCGAGAGGCCAGGAAACCAGACGGCUCUACAGAAACUGUGGGACACAUUCUAGUGGACUGGUUACCAUGUCUGGACUCCUACAACUCAUACUGCAGUAACCAGGUGGCAGCCAAAGCUCUGCUGGACCAUAAGAAGCAGGAUCACCGGGUGCAUGACUUCCUGCAGCGCUGCCUGGAGUCACCCUUUAGUAGGAAGCUGGACCUGUGGAACUUCCUGGAUAUACCCAGGAGCCGUCUGGUCAAAUACCCUCUGCUGCUCAGGGAGAUCCUCAAACACACACCUAACGACCAUACGGACCGUCAACACCUGGAUGAGGCAAUCAACAUGAUCCAGAGCAUCGUGGCUGAGAUCAACACCCAGACGGGUGAGUCUGAGUGCCGUUUCUACAAGGAGCGUCUCCUCUAUCUGGAAGACAGCCAGAGAGACCUGCUCAUUGACAGCUCCCGCAUCCUCAGCUGUCACGGGGAACUGAAGAACAACAGGGGCGCUAAGCUACAUGUGUUCCUGUUCCAGGACGUGCUGGUCAUAACCAGGGCCAUCACCCACAGCGAGCAGCUGCACUACCAGCUGUACCGCCAGCCCAUCCCAGUCAGAGAGCUGCAGUGGGAGGACCUGCAGGAUGGGGAGAUCCGUCUGGGGGGCUCCAUCAGAGGGGCCUUCAGCAACAACGAGAGGACCAAAAACUUCUUCAGAGUGUCGUUUCAUAGUGGCGGCCAGCUCCAGUCCCACUCGUUCCAAGCCAGCGAUGCCUUCAACAAACAGCAGUGGCUCAACUGCAUCCGCCAGGCCAAAGGAGCCGCUGAGUCGGCCGUGGGGGUGGGGAUUCCUGUAGGGGUGGGAACCAGUAGCAGUGACCCAGACCCCCGUCCAAGCCUACUCAGCCCCCAGAGACCUCUGAGUCCUACAACACCUCCCCUCUCAGGAGCACUGUCCCCCCAGCCAGAGAGCAUGGACCACAGUGACAGUGACUCGUCUGUAGACUCUCCAGAUUGUAGCAUGGACAUGGACACGGCCGAGGCGUCUGACUCCACCACAGGCUGGCCUGGCUCCGCCCAGAUGGACCAAACAGACUCUAGUAGCAGCAGCAGGCCAGCAGAAGUGUGACCACUGGGGUGUCAAGGCUACACCUGGGCAGUAUUGGUGGUAACAUGGCGAUGUUCUUUAUAUGCGGGAGGGAGGCAACAUAGUGGGUGGAUAUUGUAGAGCACUUCUUUUCUCUACCCCUUUUUUUCAUUUGUUUGUUUUUCUCUUAACUUUCUUUCUAUGAGACAGUGGUGUAGUCUAUAGCAGUGGUAUCCAUGUGUCUUAGCUGUGACUGGCAGGUCUACUAUGGAUGUCUACAUGGAGAGGAAGGCAGCCAUGACUGGGACCUCAGGACAGUAUUGUUGUUGUUGCUCCUGCUCUGACUCUUGACCUCUGCUGUGGGCGGAGUCCUCCUACCCUACAGACAGGCUCCUCUCAUCACCUUCUCACCACAACUAGAAACACUGCCAUCACCUCUUAUCCCACUGCACUACUACUGUGGUCGCCCAGAGCAAAGAGAAUACAUGGAUGAUAUUCCUUUUAUAUAUAUAGAAUAUAUUGUAUGUAGGAAUCUAGAGAACCUGUUGCGUUUGCAAUAAUUGACCCAGUCAAAAUGACCAGACGAAUGUUUUCAAAGACAAUCAAUAUGAUGAUAUGUUGUUGUUGUUGUUGUUAGGACUUGACAUGGAGUUGGAGUUUAUUUUGUUAAGGAUGGGUUAUAACAGUGUUAAUGGGGCAUAGUUGUUUGCUACAGAUUCUUCCCACAUCUUGGCCAGAACUAGGAUGUUCCAGAACUAUGGCGUUCCAGAACUAUGGUGUUCCAGAACUAUGGCGUUCCAGAUCUAGGGCGUUCCAGAACUAUGGUGUUCCAGAACUAUGGUGUUCCAGAACUAUGGCGUUCCAGAUCUAGGGCGUUCCAGAACUAUGGCGUUCCAGAACUAUGGCGUUCCAGAACUAUGGCGUUCCAGAUCUAGGGCGUUCCAGAUCUAGGGCGUUCCAGAACUAUGGCGUUCCAGAACUAUGGCGUUCCAGAACUAUGGCGUUCCAGAUCUAGGGCGUUCCAGAUCUAGGGCGUUCCAGAUCUAUGGCGUUCCAGAUCUAUGGCGUUCCAGAUCUAUGGCGUUCCAGAGGUCAGCAAUUGGCAUCUAGAACUGGCCUCUUGGUAAUGUAACCUAUGAUAAACACAUAACUCAGAGGGGAGAGCUGUUAUUAUUUGUGGCUCAAGCUGGUUUGAUUAAUUGGGUGUUUAUUUUUUAUAUCCUGUCUAAAGUUAAAUUCUGCAUUGGUGGGAAAGGGCUCAUAAGUGAGCAUUCACUGUAGUCUACACCUGUUGUAUUCUGCGCAUGUGACCAUUUUUUUAAACUUUAAAUUAAUAUGAGUUCAAAAAAAAAAAUGAUAGGACCACCUAUUUCUCCACAAGUAGGAAGUGGGAACAGAAGCAUUUUACAGCAAGUAAACAGCCCUUCCUGGAAGAAGGAAGAUUCUCCGUGGUGUUAAGAGUCAAUGUCUUACAGAGAAGCUUUGUAUUAAAAACAGUAUUAAAUGAAUUACUUUUAGUGUGUUUUAGUAGUGUCAGGUUUUUAUCACCCACAAAGUUCUUUACUCACUGGACAUUUCUGUUAAAAAGCGAUGCUGAGACUUCUGUAUGGUUUAAAGAAGUAGUCGCAUGUGUCAUAGCUAAACUCAGACCAGUCCUCUGUCACUGGGUGCUCUCGGUGUUGAACUGAUAAACUAGGACUGCUAAAUCAUUGGCAAAAAUGUGUACGUGUCGGGUAAUUAUAAUCUUGUGCAAGUUUACUUGUGGGGCCUCAUGUUCUCUUUCAUUUGAAUAGAAUGUCACGUGUUAAAAAAGGAAUCAGUUUGACCAAGUAAUCACUAAAAGAAAUAUCCAAAAUACAGUAUAUUAUUUUAUUGUUUUUUAAAGAAAUGUAUUGAAAUGUAUUCUUUAGGAUGUCUAUUUAUAGUAAUUGUUUUCUAUGAAUUAAUGUUAUAUGCGUUUGUUUGGUUCAUGCUGGAGACUAGAGGUGAGAAUUAUGGUUGUACAGGGAGAUAUGGGACUGGGAAGGGCCUAAAGAACUAGACUGGAAAGGAAGGGUUUCAGAACUAGCUACGUAUGUGGCUGUAGGCUAUGUAAACCUUCAGACACAUGGACUUGAAAGGAAGGGUUUCAGAACUAGCUACGUAUGUGGCUGUAGGCUAUGUAAACCUUCAGACACAUGGACUUGAAAGGAAGGGUUUCAGAUCUAGCUACGUAUGUGGCUGUAGGCUAUGUAAACCUUCAGACACAUGGACUUGAAAGGAAGGGUUUCAGAACUAGCUACGUAUGUGGCUGUAGGCUAUGUAAACCUUCAGACACAUGGACUUGAAAGGAAGGGUUUCAGAACUAGCUACGUAUGUGGCUGUAGGCUAUGUAAACCUUCAGACACAUGGACUUGAAAGGAAGGGUUUCAGAUCUAGCUACGUAUGUGGCUGUAGGCUAUGUAAACCUUCAGACACAUGGACUUGAAAGGAAGGGUUUCAGAACUAGCUACGUAUGUGGCUGUAGGCUAUGUAAACCUUCAGACACAUGGACUUGAAAGGAAGGGUUUCAGAACUAGCUACGUAUGUGGCUGUAGGCUAUGUAAACCUUCAGACACAUGGACUUGAAAGGAAGGGUUUCAGAACUAGCUACGUAUGUGGCUGUAGGCUAUGUAAACCUUCAGACACAUGGACUUGAAAGGAAGGGUUUCAGAACUAGCUACGUAUGUGGCUGUGGGCUAUGUAAACCUUCAGACACAUGGACUUGAAAGGAAGGGUUUCAGAUCUAGCUACGUAUGUGGCUGUAGGCUAUGUAAACCUUCAGACACAUGGACUUGAAAGGAAGGGUUUCAGAUCUAGCUACGUAUGUGGCUGUAGGCUAUGUAAACCUUCAGACACAUGGACUUGAAAGGAAGGGUUUCAGAACUAGCUACGUAUGUGGCUGUAGGCUAUGUAAACCUUCAGACACAUGGACUUGAAAGGAAGGGUUUCAGAACUAGCUACGUAUGUGGCUGUAGGCUAUGUAAACCUUCAGACACAUGGACUUGAAAGGAAGGGUUUCAGAACUAGCUACGUAUGUGGCUGUAGGCUAUGUAAACCUUCAGACACAUGGACUUGAAAGGAAAAGAGACCAUAUUGAAAUAUGAUAUAUGAACUGACUGAAAAAGAUUGACAUGAACAUGUAUAACCUAAUGGAAUUUAGAUUGUACCAAAUAAAAGAUGGGAACCAAA